AUGGCCAACUCUGCUGAGCUGACGAUGGAAUAUGGUAAAAAAAAACAUAUAGCAAAUUCCUUAUAAAAUGUUGGACUACCUGUAUUCUCUCGGGAUGCUUUGCUAAAACAGCAGCAAAGUAGGGCUAAAGUUGUUGGGGGUCGAGCUGCUAAAGAGCUAAAGUUAGUCUAGGAGGCUACAACAAGCUAAUGCAGAUAGCUAGCUAGUUUAGCUAAUAACAAACCACCUUAUGUGUCUUUCUUCAGAUGUGACAGCCCCCCUUCCAUUUAUUGCUGCAGAGACACACGGAGGGCCUGACUUCUCACUAACUCAAGCUUUAGAAGAUGUCUCUCAACAAGGAUAUGCCCAGAUUGUGGCCCUCCAGGAGAAACAACAAGUGCUCAGCUCUCUCCAGGUGAAUCUCUCCUUACCUGCUAACACACUGACCAGUAAAAUGUAAAAACUCCAUAAACCAUUUUUUGUUUGCAUCUGCUACCAGGCCAUACUAUCAGACAUUGAGAAGAAAGGCAAAGAAGCUGAAGUGGAGUUAAAAUCCAAAGUGAGGCAGAUUCUCAUCCUGGAGGGUGAGAUGGAACACCUGCAGCGACACAUGCAAGACCUGGGCUUGCGUUCCAUCACCGCCUACAACGAAAACACAGAGCUCCGACUGCUGAUUGAGGAAGAGGAGGACAACUCCCGCUGCAUGCUGGCCGGUUACAACACCUACCGGAACAAGAUGGAGGGCCACCGGGCAGCCGUCUUGCAAGCGGAGAGCCAGACGAGGGCUCACAGGGAGCUAGUGGAGAAGAGGGCUCUGGUCAGAGUGCUCACAGAGAGGAGAGAAGAGCUGAGGGCUGACCUGGAGAACCCAGAGGGGAAUGCUGUGAAGCAGGCACAGGUCAGAGCAGCUGAGGAACCAGGGUAGAAGUUGACAGAUUACAGUCAUAUGGGAUUUUUUAUUUUUUUUACUUUAAUUUGGUCCAGUGAUCCCUGUCUUAUCCACUUCAACCGUUCCGCAAGUCGUUGUCGUGAAUCAAUAAUAAAACUGCGAUCUCUUGACAGAAAGAGAUGGAUGACCUGAGGGGGCAGAUCUCAGCCCGGAGGAAGAUGGUGACUGAGAGAAGAGAGCUGAUCCUGAAGGAGUUUGAGAGUCACACACUGAUCAAGAAGCAUAUCGAGGUACGGUAGUGAAUCCCUAUUGUCUGACGCUCAGUCACCCCAUUUUUCCUUCUCAUCCAACAGAAAAUAACUGACUCCAGACAGUUUAUGUUAGGAGAUAAAGACCCACCAUGUACACUAUUCAUAAUAAGAAUAACUAUUUAUAUGGCACCUUUCAUACAUGCAGCUCAAAGUGCUGUAUAUACAAAAAGGAAAGAAAUAUCUCUGUUUAAAACCCAAAGUGUGUUGUUCUCAGAUCCAGAACAGACGGUACGAUGCCAUCGUGAAGCGUCUCCACUGCCAACUGAUGAAGGCCCAGUCCGGCCACAGGCAGCUGUCUGAUGAUAUCUACCACAUGGAGAGAGAGAUCCAGGACCUCAAGAGACACCUUGAGGUGCCAUAA